CUGUAAUAUAUAUGCAUGUGUAUAGAGUGGAGAUGCAUGCCCAUGCCCCCCAUUAGCGACAUUGUCGAGGCGCGCUUCCGUUUAAAUCAAUUGAAAUAUAAUGGAGGGCGGUCUUGAAUUAUGCCGCGAACACAAGCACAACAGACAGUGGAAGCUGUGGAAUUGCACGACCGGGAGAAUACCCCCUAAAGGCGAGAUCGCACACAGCUAAAUGUAAUUGAUUGAUUGAUUCAUCCUCCUUUGUACAUAUGAUUCCCAAUCUAUUCCCAAUUCAAUUAAAGAUUUGUGAAUAAAUCACAUGAUGCUUGUUACAUCUGUUGUCAGUCAACCGCCAAGCCUGAAGUGAAUAUGCCCUGCUGAUACAUUUCAUGGGCACACAGAGCACAUCCGUCGUGCCAGCAUCUUGGGAGUCAUCUCAACAGUCGCGAAUCUUCAUUGCCGUCGAGAUGUCCAGUGUGUGGAUGCUGCUGGUGCUGGUGCUGCUGCACUUGUCCACCGAUCUCGUCUCAGCUUCGUCCGCAACAACUGCUCCAGCGACAGACACACGACCCAAUGUGGUGAUGGUCAUCUUCGAUGAUCUGCGCCCUGUGCUGGGUGCCUAUGGCGAUACACUGGCCAGCACACCGCAUCUGGAUGCCUUUGCCCAGGGCGGACAUGUGUUUACGCGUGCCUACAGUCAGCAAGCUCUGUGCGCGCCCAGUCGCAAUUCCCUGCUCACUGGCCGCCGUCCGGACACACUGCAUCUGUACGAUUUCUACAGCUAUUGGCGCACCUUUGUGGGCAACUUUACGACGCUGCCGCAGUACUUCAAGGAGCAUGGCUACCACACCUACAGCUGCGGCAAGGUCUUCCAUCCGGGCCUGUCCUCGAACAACAGCGAUGACUAUCCAUUGAGCUGGUCCGCGCCAGCGUUCCGUCCACGCACCGAGCAAUACAUGAACUCGCCCGUCUGUCCCGAUCGCGAGGGUGUGCUCCGCAAGAAUCUCAUCUGUCCGGUGCACCUCCAGACGCAGCCCUACAAAACCCUCCCGGAUAUUGAGUCUGUGACGGAGGCUCUGCGCUUUGUGGAGUCGCGAAAGAGCAGCAGCAGCAGCAGCAGCAGCAGCAGCAGCAUUCCCUUCUUUUUGGCGCUCGGCUUUCACAAGCCGCACAUCAAUUUCCGCUUCCCGCGGCAGUUCCUCCAGCGGUUUCCACUCCAGAAGUUCUUCAACUACACGGAGGACAGCCUCAAGCCACCGAACAUGCCCGCCGUCGCCUGGAAUCCCUACACAGAUGUGAGAGCGAGGGACGACUUCAAGCACUCGAACAUCUCCUUCCCCUAUGGACCCAUUUCCAGGCAACAGGCGGCGCAGAUCCGUCAGGCCUAUUACGCCUCGGUGGCCUAUGUGGAUGAUCUGUUCGGGAAGCUGCUCGCCGGCCUGGAUCUGCAGCGGACGGUGGUGCUGGUGCUGGGCGAUCACGGCUGGUCGCUGGGGGAGCAUGCCGAGUGGGCCAAAUAUAGCAACUUUGAGGUGGCUUUGCGCGUGCCGCUGAUCAUCCGCUCGCCAGAGUUUCCCGUUACCCAAGCCAAGAGCCACAGAGCCAUCACGGAGCUGCUGGAUGUCUUUCCCACGCUGGUCGAUCUGGCGGGGCUGCCAGCGCUGCCCGUUUGCACAGAUGCCACAGCUGUGACCUGCGGCGAGGGCAAGAGCUUGUAUCCGCAGCUGCAGGGCUUAGGCUUGGAUUUGGUGGACGAGCACGUGGCCUUGAGCCAGUAUCCCCGUCCUGGCAUGCUGCCCACAAAGCAUCCAAAUAGCGACAAGCCCAAGCUGAGGAACAUCAAGAUAAUGGGCUACAGCCUGCGCACGGAUCUCCACAGGUAUACGCUGUGGGUGCGCUUCCAUGCCCAGAAUUUCAGUCGUGAUUGGCAUGAUAUCUAUGGCGAGGAGUUGUAUGAUCAUCGUCUGGAUGCGGCCGAGGAGCUGAAUCUGGUGCCAAUGCCCGAAUUCGAUGAUGUGCGACAGCGUCUACGGCGACGUUUGAUGGCGGCAGUGGAGCUCUCUCGCUCUUCUCAUCAUUUUGAAUAAAUUCAUAAGCUUUA